AUGGUUGCUUGCCCUCUUUGCAACAAACAAGUCAAGGAAUCUCUGAUCAACGAGCACAUCGACGAUGGCUGUCAGUCGCAUAUCGUCGAGCAGAAUGACACGUCUGCCACCCACAAAACCCACAGCUUCUUCUCCACGUCUGCGGUGAAGCGCGUGGCGAACUCUGCUGCAAAGAACGGAGUCCCUGCAACCUCAGCGCCUGCUCCUCCACCAGCCGCACCGCCUGGAGACCGACCAAAGACACCGCCAGUCGGCACCAAGCGCCCCUUUGGCGAAACUAUUGAGCCUCAAACUAUUGGCGAUGCCCGUUCCCCCAUCCUCCCGAAGAGGACCAAGUUGACUGUCCUGCACAAGGUCGCCCCUCUGGCAGAGCGCAUGCGUCCAACCUCACUGGACGACGUGUGCGGCCAGGAGCUGGUAGGCCCCAACGGGCUACUCAGGGGCAUGAUCGAAACCAACACUAUCCCGUCCAUGAUAUUAUGGGGCGGCCCUGGCACUGGGAAGACGACUAUCGCUCGACUCAUUGCGAACACGUCCGAUGCUCGCUUCGUCGAGAUCAACAGUACUAGCACAGGCGUUGCAGAGGUCAAGAAGAUAUUUGCUGAGUCCCUGAACGAGCUCCAGCUCACAGGCCGGAAGACCAUCAUCUUCUGUGACGAGCUGCACCGCUUCUCAAAAGCCCAACAGGAUGUCUUCCUUGGCCCUGUCGAGGCAGGUCAGGUCACCCUGAUUGCAGCCACAACAGAAAAUCCGUCCUUCAAGGUCAUCAACGCCCUCCUCUCGCGCUGUCGGACGUUUACUCUCGCGAAGCUCUCCGACGAUGACCUGGUCAAAAUAUUGGAACGAGCCAUGGAGUCCGAGGGCUGCACUUCCCCGCUCCUCGAUGCCGGUAUGUUGCGGUAUUUCGCAUCGUUUGCCGAUGGAGAUGCCCGAACGGCUCUAAACCUGCUCGACCUCGCCAUGAGCCUGUCCAAGAAACCCUCAAUCACCGGAGAAGACAUUAAGAAGGAGCUCACAAGGACGCUGGUGUACGAUCGAAAUGGCGACCAGCACUACGACAGCAUAUCCGCCUUGCACAAGUCGAUUCGGGGGUCAGACCCGGACGCGUCGUUGUACUACCUCGCUCGAAUGCUGCAGUCUGGAGAAGACCCGCUCUACAUAGCAAGGCGGCUCAUAGUAGUCGCAUCCGAGGACGUGGGGUUAGCAGACAACACUAUGCUUCCACUAGCAACAGCAGCGUACGCCGCCUGCGAAAAAAUUGGCAUGCCAGAGUGCCGGAUAAACCUAGCACAUACGGUAGUCGCGCUCUGCCUCGCUCCCAAGUCGACCCGAACUUAUCGAGCACUCGCAAAAGCUAUGGCUGCUCUAGAAGAACCAGGGAUAGCUGGGUUACCCGUACCAGUCCAUCUGCGCAAUGCGCCCACACGAUUGAUGAAAGAGAUGGGGUAUGGCGCUGAAUACAAAUAUAAUCCAGAUUACCUUGGCGGUAAGGUGGCUCAGGAGUAUCUUCCUGAGAAGAUUAUCGGAAGACGGUUUCUUGAAGACGUAGAUUUAGGGACUAAAGUAGACGAAGAUUUGGAAGACGCCUUGCUUCCGGAGAUAGAUGACUGA